AUGUCAGAUCCCCUGUCUAUCGCCGCUAGUAUAGGCGGUUUAGCUGCGCUUGCUGGUAAGGUCUGCAAAACGCUUAUAGAUUACGGCAAAGCUGUUAAGGAUGCUCGAAUGGAUGUUGGCAUACUUACCACAGAGCUUCGAGUUUUGAGUGGUAUGCUAACUAAUCUAUCACUCCUUGCUGCUUCGCUCGAAGCAUCGAGUUCCAACAAUAGCUUUUUCGGCGAAUUCCAGCUAGACCAAUUGAAGGCGAUGGUUGAGAACUUGGACGAAAAGCUCGCGAAGGCUGAAACCAAGUUUCAAGCCAGCAAAGCUACGUCCAUCAUACAGAAGCUUAAAUGGCCUUUCUCAAAAGACGACAUGAUGAAGCUGGUAGAAGAGGUUAGAGCUCAGAAAGCGACCAUCAAUCUCGCCCUUUCUGCUGAUACGCUGGAUACCCUGAUACAAGGCCUCAAGGUACAGGAGGUGAUAAAACUAGAGGUCGAAAGUACUCGGGAAGCAAUCAAGGUUCUGCAAGAAAUGCAUUCAAAAGUCCAGCUUGAUGAGGAACGCCAGAAAGUCUACGACUACUUCCUCAAGAUCAAUCCUCAAUCACAGUUCGAAACAGCUCAACGGUUACGAAAGAGUAACACCGGUAGCUGGUUCGGCAAUCACUCGGUAGUUUCACAGUGGAUACGUCAGCGCAAUUCUAGGCUCUGGUUGACAGGCAUCCCAGGAUCUGGCAAGACUCUCUUAUGUGCCUUGUUGAUUGAACGAGUUUUGGAUAUCUGCCAAGCAGACACUAUUCUGGCCUUUGCUUUUUGCGACUACAAAGCUCCCGAAACACAGGUUCUGGGCAAUGUCCUCUCCUCCAUCGCGCUCCAGAUUGGAUUGCAGAAACCGGAGGCCUUUGCCAGGCUCCAAAAGUAUUAUGAUGAAUUACACCCGGUGUCUGGUCUACCUCGCCAGGUCGAAAUUGCGAAACUCACCGAGACUGUCACUCAUAUGUGCCAGCUCUUUCCAAAGGUGUUCUUGAUAGUGGACGGUUUGGACGAGUGUAUCAACAAUACAAGAGAGAUUACACGUGGCGUUGCCCACCUUGCCAGCUCUAUCCCUAAUCUGAGCAUCGCUUUGUUCAGUAGGAGAGAAGUUGAGAUUAGCUCGGAACUAGUACCCGAGUACGAGCAGAUUGAAAUAUCAGCCCAUACACAGGACUUGGAGCUUUAUAUCGAUGCCGAGAUAGCAGAACGCCCAACACUAUGCAGGCUUCCGUCAGAGGAAAGCAACAGGAUAAAACACACACUUAUAUCUAAGGCCAAUGGCAUGUUUCGGUGGGUGACAUGCCAGCUUGACUGUCUUGAAGGUCUUGGGAAAAUUGGACGAGAGACUGCCUUGAACACGCUCCCACCGACGCUUGACGAGUCGUACGACAGAAUUCUCAUCAAAGUCAUGUCUAAGAAAGGCAAAAGCGUUUCGCAAGAAAUAGUUCGAAACACCCUACACUGGGUCUGCUAUGAUAGCCAGGGCCUGAGUAUCGCCCAGAUAUGCGAAGCCUUGUCCAUCGGCCUUAACAGGGACCGAAAAGGCACAGCCAAGCUUGAGAUGGUUGAUGAGAAGGAGAUAAUGACCUAUUGCAGCAGCCUUAUCCGAAAGAACCUCGAAGGCGACAGAUUCGAACUUGCUCACUUCACUGUUGAGGAGUACUUAAAUUCUAUCGACGAAGAAUCAGCGCUUAGGUUAUUCAGGUACUCUGAAUCAGACGCAGAGCGCUCCUUGGCCCAAGUGUCACUUGAACUCAUGCUCUCGCCUGAAUUCGCGUCACGGCCAGUAGCAGAAAUGUCUGAGUGUAGAAGGAUCGUUCAGCGCACUGCAGACCAUCCGUUUUAUCACUAUGCUGCAAGUCAUUGGCCAGCGGUUCCAAGUACCCACGAUGAUACGACGGUCGCAAGGCUACUGAAGGAAUUGUUCGCGACACGGAAGCGCCCUUAUCUGCUGAAUUGGCUGACUUACCGCUUUGUACACUUUGUUCCAUUUGGCGAUCAAAGCGAUGACAACACCCAGAACAAAAUCAUGGAUCUGAUAACAUUUAUCCUACGCCGGGACCUCACAUCUUUACAUAUUGCCGCCAUGGUUUGCUCUUCGGCCCUCUGUCGCUGGCUCCUAGCAACAGAUAUGGAUGUCAACGCAACAACAGUCCUAGACCUAGCUCCAAUCCACUUUGCGUUACUCGGUCCCGACGUCCUUCAAAUUGUUGCUCAGGGACUGUGGGUAAAUCACGUCUCUUUGAGGUUCAAACCUGGCCUUGACAGCUCAGAUGACAUUCACGCAACGAUCAGUGUCUUUCUGGAACUCGACCUCAAGGUGCAAGCAGUGAGCAGACACUCGAUCGGCAAACUGGCUCUGGACGCAUGUGUUAGGAGUGGAAAUGCGAGUCCAUUCGUAGCUCUGUUGGCGGUAUUCCCUAACGAGUGCCUAGCUCUGGAUACCCUCGAAAAGAUUGAGUCAUUGUUUACAUCUCAACAGCCAAAGGACACCCUGACUCAUGACGUUAUUCAGGCCAUUUUCAAUCUGGACGCUUACGCCAAUAAGAGUGCCCAGAUUUCUGGGGCGUUGGAGUUCGUAAGCAAGCUGGUUCGAUCCAAUAGUUCCUGGGAUACAUUCGAUCACGAUGAGGGCCAGUUCCUCCCAGUUCUGAUUCAAGAUGCUGACUUUUUAACCUUCGUUAAGUACACUGCACAGCAAGACCGGGCGCAGGAUAUGGCCCGCCUUAUUGAGGACGUACGAUUCGAGAAGCAUUGCAAGCGAAAAGAUUACAUCGAGUCGGAUCACAAUCCCCUCAUUAUUGCUGGUGCGUGCGAUAGCGCCGAGGUGGCAACAGUAUUGCUGCAAUCUGGGUACGAUAAGCUCCGGGUAAAUGAUAAUGAAGUUACCGUAUGGCAUAUUGCAGCUAGAAAAGACUCUUGCCAUGUGCUGCAAGCACUCUUAGACUUCGAGCAGGAUAUUGAGAGACGUCUCAAAGCUGUUGCUCACGGCAUCACACCCCUUGUCGAGGCUCUUGUUCAUGAAUGCGAGCGUGCGGCUACACUGUUGAUAUCGCACUGCACAGAGGACCCAGCGUUCUUUCAUAGCCCGGAGAAUCCGUUACGAUAUGCAGUGGCGAUGGGUUCUCAGAAACUUUUUCAUGAACUUGUUUCCAAAGGCAUUUUACUCAAUACAGCUUCGGUGGGAAAUAUGCUUCCCAUUCAGUAUAUCACGAAUCGCUGCAGCGACGAAUUCGUUGAAGAGCUGAUCCAGACCUAUGACAAAGACCAAUUUAGUCAAGCUGGAGUGACGGCAUUCCAAUCAUAUACUCGGGACACCAUGCUGAUGAGUAGUCCAAUCUUGCUAACAGAUGAGCAACUUACCACACGGUUGACCAAGCUCGCCCCCACCAAUCAUAUGGUCAACAAGACGCAGCAUGUCUGGCGAUUAUUCUGUCAAGACCUCGUUUGCUAUGGGAAUCAGCCCUGGUUUGCAUCCCAUUUCCACAACAUUAGAAGGUUGCUGCUGGCACUGGUGGAUGCGAAGAUCGUCGAUUCAUUCGAAAAGAUGUAUAAGUGCUCAUCAAUGAUAGCACUAUUUGAAGAAUUCAAAGCUCUUGAGCUCAGUGCUGGAUCCGAUCGAUGGGAAGCUAGUUUCUUGUAUCACGCAUGCUUCAUACUUCGGCCUCCGUCUAAUACCAUGAGCCAACCGUCUGCUAUAACCUUUCUAAUGAGAGCGAUACAGCAGAACGACCAUCCGCUCGUGAAUUGGCUCAUCGGUGUACAUGUCCCCGUACAUAUUCGUGUCGGUGACAUCUCACCUAUCGAAAAGGCUUGUCGCGAGGGGUCUUUGCAAAUCUUUGUGGAAGUCUUCCAGGCCGCUCAGCUUGCACUCGGGGGUAGAUGUGAAGAUGCUGACCUAGAGAUACUGUGCGGUCUGAUAAAGACGGCUGGUAAUGCCCUGGAGUCUGAAGAUCUUGCCAUGAGGAAAAUCAAGUUCGCACUUGAUCAAGGCCUGUCCAUGAACAAAAGGUCUACAGUCGGCUCUCACCUUGGGGAUCCUGCUAUAUUGAUGGCUGCGCGCUGCAAUCGAUUCGACAUUGUGAAGCUUUUGAUAGAAAAGGGGGCAGAUGUCUUCGCUCAAGCAUCUGAUGGUUGGGAUCUUACCAUAUCUUUGAUUGAUGUUGAUCGAGUCGACCUACUUCGCCACCUCCACGACAAGAUCCGCAAGACCUCUACAUACGAUUGGAAGGCUUGCUUUCCAGUCCGAUUUUACCCUCCAUCGUCGCCAGACGGUAUGGAUAUCUCUAACGCUUCGAUGCUACACCUCGCCGUCGCUGGACACUGUGUCAAAACUAUCGAUUACCUUCUCAGUAACAACCUCGUUGAGGACGUGAACACCUGUACGACAGAGCUCUACACGCCCUUACAUUUCGCAAGCUUCUUAGGACACGUAGAUACAAUCACUACAUUGGUCCGACAUGGAGCUAGCAUCAACGGAGUUAAUGAUGGACAGAAACGUCCGAUCGAUAUAGCUCUUAUGCACGAGCAUCACGAAGCAGUUGAGACGCUACGGGCUUUGGGUGCUGGGGAACCAUCAACGAGGCCAGCCAGUACAGUCGAGAAAUCUAAUGGAGAUGGUGCAGAAACCGAUGAGGUCGGGGACGACCGCCCAGAUGUCGUAAAGACAGAGACGACACUUAUGCCACAGGCCAUUGAUGACUGUAUACAAGACGGUAACUUGGAAGAGCUUCAAUCACUGUUCUCCGAGGACCGUCCCAUGGACUGCCCCAUGCCGACCUGUGGCGUUUGUGAUGUUCUCACAUAUGCGGUACACUUUGGCGAGUGCGACAUUGUGGUAUGGCUAUUGUCAAUUGGUGCUAUACCGAGACAGGCUGCGUGUAGCGUCCACAGAGUAUCUGGCACCCUGCAUGAGGCUGUCCAGACUUCAAUCACUGGGGUUUGCCUCGGUCAACUUCUUGACAAGGCCUUGGAGAGUGGGUACGCCUGGUCGGAUAGUCCAGCCAACCCUCUUCAUAUUGCUUGUUUGUAUGAUGAUGUCGAGGCGCUUGAGGUGAUCUUGGAUCAUUUAAAUGCAAAUGCUGAAAGAUAUUGUGCUUCGAUUUCGCCAUGGAAAGAACAAGACUUUCCAUCUGAUAAAGCAGCCAUGGUGAAGGCCUUGACAGGUGCAACGACUCCCUCUGAUUGCCAUCAGUUAGGCGAAGGUUGGGAAGACAUGUUUGGUGGGGUAACGGCGUUGCAUAUGAAAGCUUUCCACAGCAAUUUACCAAUGGCAAUGGCCCUUAUCAAUGCCGGAGCAGAUGUGAAUAGCCUGAACGCGGAAUUUCAAACUCCCCUGAUUGUUGCUGUCAUCGAAUCGGACGAUGACUGUGCGCUAGUCGAGUACUUACUCGAUCACGGAGCACUUAUAGACCACAAGGAUUCGAAAGGACUUUCGGCAAUAGCUCAUGCUGCUCUAAAUGACUUUAUAGACGUUGCUCGGCUACUUGUUGCGAGGGGAGCGUCACUUGAGACAAGGAACGUGAAGGGAGAGAACGUCAUGCAUCUUUCCUCAGUGGAUUCGCUACGCUGUUUUAUCUACUUCCACCAACAGGGAUGCGACGUACAGGCAAUCUCCCUUUAUGGAUAUACCAUCUUUGGAACUACUGACCUACGACUACGGACAUACAUACAGAAUGCCCGGCUUAUACCAUACAUCACCUCCAUCGAUAGUAUCAAUCUCAUUUCAGACUCAUUGCAGAAACUUGGUACGAGGAUGACGCGGAUGCUAUAUCGCAGCUUUCCUAGGGACGGCAGAACCAGACUCUUGGACUCUUUCCGGGACAAACCUCCCUACUUCUCGCCACUCUGUCUAGCUAUAUCAAAAGAGGAGCUUCACGAUGCACUGCCUUGGUUACUGGAUGAAGGGAUAGAUAUCGAACGUGAAAUAUCAGAGGAAGGCACGGCAGUCAUGUACGCUUGCUCCAUCGGCCGCCUCGAGCAGGUCAAGAUUUUGGUACGGAGAGGGGCCCGGUUGGACUAUGUUGACAGCAUGGGGAUGUAUCACAGUGCCAUUCUUUCGGCGAAAGAGUAUCCCGAAAUCAUCCAUUGGCUCCUUGUCGAAAGAUUCCAGGACCAGCCAAAGCUAGCUUCCAACGCUGUCGUGACCAAGUGGGAAAAUCGUUCUGAGUCACACCAUCUGAAGGGGCUUUUUUCUGCCUAUCGCAGUACGUCUACAUUACCUUGA